GUUUUUAUAUACCUUGGCCUUAUGGUGAUAAUUGCUGUGGGUUUGAUGGCGGUUGCGGGUUCAAAGAGCAUUGAAAAUGGACAGCCGGUACCUGCUCGUGCUGGGCCUGGGCCUGCUGCUGCGGUGGGCGGUGUCCCUUCACCCCCACUCUGGUCAGCGGAAGCCUCCCAUGUUUGGCGACUACGAGGCGCAGCGGCACUGGAUGGAGGUGACCCACAACCUGCCGCUGGCUGACUGGUACCGCAACACCACCGACAACGACCUGCUCUACUGGGGCCUCGACUACCCGCCACUGACGGCCUACCACAGCUACCUGUGCGGCGCCGUGGCGGCCAGGGUCGACCCCAGCUUUGUGGCGCUGCAUGCGUCGCGCGGGCUGGAGACGCCCGAGCACCGGCUGUUCAUGCGCGCCACGGUGCUGGUGGCCGACCUGCUGGUGUUUCUGCCGGCGGCGCUGUGGUUCGCGGUGGCGCUGCGCCGCAGCCGCGCCGUCACGCUCACCGUACUGGCCGUGCUGGUGCUGUACCCGGGCCUGCUGCUCAUCGACCACGGCCACUUCCAGUACAACGGCGUCUCGCUGGGCCUGAUGGUGGCCGCCGCCGCCGCGCUGCUCGGCCGCCGAGACGCCACCGGCGCGGCGCUCUUCUCGCUGGCGCUUAACUACAAGCAGAUGGAGCUGUACCACGCGCUGCCGUUCUUCUGCUACCUGCUGGGCACGUGCCUGCGCCAGCGGACCUGGGCCGCCUCGGUCGGGAAGCUGGCCAAGAUCGGCGCGGCCACGGUGCUGACGUUCGGACUGGUGUGGCUGCCGUUCCUGGUGGACGCGCAGCGGGCUGUGGAGGUGGGCGCGCGCCUGUUCCCCUUCAACCGGGGCCUCUUUGAGGACAAGGUGGCCAACUUCUGGUGCAGCCUGUCGGUGGUGUACAAGGUGAAGCAGCUGCACAGCGUGGCCGCUAUCGCCAGCAUGUGCCUGUCGACGACGGCGCUGUUCCUGCUGCCGACCAACCUGCUGCUUCUGGCAGACCCGACGCCGCACAACCUGCUGCUCUCGCUGCUCAACUCGGCGCUCACCUUUUUCCUGUUCUCGUUCCAAGUGCACGAGAAGAGCAUCCUGCUGGCGGCGCUGCCGGCCGCCAUGCUGUUCCCCGACUAUCCGCUCUCGUCGCUCUGGUUCCUACUGGCCUCCACACUCAGCAUGCUGCCGCUGCUGCUGAAGGACGACCUCCUGCUGGCCACCGUCGCCACCACCGUCUUCUUCACGGUGGCCGUCAACAUGGCCACGGGGGUGCUGGACGCCGGCCGGCGCGCGGCGGCGCCCAAGCAGCGCUCGCGGCUGACGACGACCAGCGGCGGCCCGCCGGCGGACCCGUGCUCGCGCUGGGCCGUGCCGGCGCUCUACCUCUCGCUGACCGGGUACGCGGUGCUGGCGCUGACCUCUGUGACGGUUAGUCCGCCGGAGCGCUACCCCGAUCUCUGGCCGGUGCUCGUCUCACUCUACUCAUUUGCACACUUUGCCGGGUUUUUCCUGUACUAUCAUCUCAUUCAGUUCCAGUUUUUCGAUGAGAAGUUUAAAGUUUGCUAAUGCAUGGGGGCUGUGUUUGUUACAUGAUCAUUUUCUAAUGCAGUGGGGUUGUGGGUUUGUUAAUGAUCAGGGAAAAGACCGGGGUACUGUAAGGGUUGCUCGCACUUGGGACCUCGGCUUGACACUGGUUUUGCCACGAGACAUUUUUUUGGCAUCGAUGUGGCUAAGGGGUUACGCCGUAACGGACAGGGUUGGCCAGUGACAGCGCAAGUCAUAAGGUGACACCCCACCGAACCGUUAAACUAACCACCGAGGUGGUUGAGGUGGACAGUGGACACAAGUCAUAACAUCACGUUCGAGUGGCAGUCACUUCAUAUUGUGCCUUACGAUGACUGAGCUGAGCUGGUGAUAAACUCGUGUCUUGACUGCUCAGAACACGAACCAACGUCUGAGUGAUUUUUUUCUGUACCGGUUUCUACUAGGAAAUCCCUCUCCGUGACUAUAGUUUAACGUGGUGCAGUACAAUUACUGACAUUGUUUGGGAAUAGGACAACGGCGAAGGCCUAACGCUUACACGGGAUCGGGCACGGGUGUGUUGUGGUGCACAAUGCUGUGAUGUUUUGUGGGUUUCCAUUAAACAUAUUUUUGAAGAACA